UGCAACAAAGUCCAAAUUAGUGUACUCAAAUUAUAAUAUCGUCACCAUAUGUAUCAUUUAUGCAUUUAGGCCAAAAAAUAGCACAAACAUGUACACCCUGGAGCCACAACUCUGCUUUUGUCCUACAGGAUUAACAUAAUUUGGGCACGACCUAAUCCAAACUUGCCAGGACGCAAAGUUUGUGUUCCUUUCCAUAUAGUAAUUCUCAGUAUACAAACAACAACCGAUGCUUUAUAUGCUUAUUGGCACAUAUCAAAAGCGUGUUUAUGUGCAUACUUAUCGGAGAUCUUCAGAAUGGAGCAGGACAUCUGUUCAGGGAAUUAAUUCAGAAUAGAGUUUCUCUCCUAAACAUUCUUAGCUCAUCGGUACUCCACGUCACUCUAUGCCCUGUGAUUGGCAUCCGCCUUUUUGAGGAUUAGCCGAUCUUGAUGCAGUUUUUCCAUAUGUAUACAGUACAAAUGUACAGAAAUUAGUUAUAAAGAUAAACCAAAUUUUGAUCCGUUUCAAAUUUUGUGAUAUCGAUGUAAUCUCUCUGGGUUUUUGUAAUGGAUAUGCAUGACAAAAUGAAAUGCAUAUGCUGUCAAUCCAUCAAGUAUUUGUUUGCUUGUUAGUUAGGAACUAAGUGAUUUGUUUUACAGGUUACAUUUUUGCGGUAAAUGAUAACGUCAAUGAUGUUAGACCUACAUGCAGGUUUUUUUCACAAGUUAACAUUGCAAAGUUACCGGUUGCGUCAUACCUGCCUUAAGAUUCAUGGUUAGCAUGCAAUCCUUAUUUUGUAGAUCUCACUGGUCAUGCAUGGGACAUACCAGGCCGAAACCAACAUGAUUAAUGGCUGUACUUAGCACAUAAAUCAACUAGCCAGAUUUCCUUCUUAGUUGCAAAUGCUGGCCAUGGUAUGCUCAGUUAAUAUUUUGGUAUAUAUCUACAUUGUUAUUCAGUUCAGAGAUAAAGCUUGCGUUGCUGAUAAAAUCAUAUAAAUAACUACGAUGUGAUUGAUCAUACUAUUUUUAAUUGUGAUCUGGCUAAUUCACUCAGAAUAUUUUCGCUAAUGACUGUCACGGAAGUAAUCUGUAUUUAUUUCUUCAAGUUUAUACCUGCAACACUUUGGUGUGAGUUAAUGAGAUGGUCAUGCUAAUUGCAUGAUAUGCUCAUCAAGACCUCAACAGGAUGUAAUACAAAGGAUAUUGCUCUCCUAGAAAUAGCAUGCCGAGUUAGCACUACAUAAUAACCAGCACAAUUUGCUGAUCAACCAGAAUAUACGCAGAUGGGAAACUACUUGAUUAGGUUUCUCAAUUAACAAACUAUUUGAGCAUGCACGUAUGACAAGAACAAGCAAUAAUUGAACAAACUGCCGCGCCUUUCCUUGCUGUCAGUAGCUUAAGACAUGAGAACGUGUUAGGCCUAAUUAGGAGCACCUAAUGCACCCUUAGGUUGCAAAGGAUCACAUGAGGUAGUUAAUAGCCCUAGUGGAAACAUGCCAGUGAUCCUCACCAGACAAACACAUCGUGUUGCGUUGGAGCUCAAAGGUGAAGUCAACUGUUCCUUCACCACUAAUGGGCAACAGCUAACUCUUUCUCUCCACUAGCUCACCAAUCUCAUGAUUUCGAUCUGGAUCUGACAUCAAAGUGGUUGCUCAUGCAGAUGAGUUUGCUGCCCAUAUAGUAGACAUGACAAGGUGCUCAUACGCUCAACCAGAGACGAAUAGUUGGAGAUGCUACUUACACUGAUCAGACAUACAAAAGAAAAAUCAGCUUGUCAUGGAGAUGGGUGGCAGCGGCGCAGCACCCAACCAGCGACGAGAUUCUUGCUGUCUACAAUGCCAGCCAUUGCAUGGCUUGUGCUUAUAUAGAGAGGCAAACCAUAGGGGUUAAGCACCAUUGCAGCAAAAUUUCUUUUCUCUGAAUCUCUCUUCCGUUUCCAGAUACAUUUCCAGCCAUGGCUACUCAGCAGAACUUCUUUUCUCUCAAGCCAAACCUCUCUUCACCUUCUGCUACCAUUGAAACAAUGUCCGAUGGUUUCAGGAGGUGUGUACGUGAGCACAAUAGCAUCGAGGAGGUCAUAUGCAGUCAAAUUAUCCUUUGCCAGAGCAACAAAGGAAAUUGCAUUGGCUGCCAGAAAAGGAGAUGAUGCACCUAUUCAGGCCAAGAUACAGUCCUUCAUCCCCUGACCAAGAUGGCAAAAAACAGUGGAAGAAGAUCAAGAAGAAAUCUCCUUCAGCUGACUGGCUGGAGCAAGAGAGGUCGUUGCUUCAAUGCUUCAGUCAUCCACACGACAGCCACUGAAGCAAAUAGCGAUGUCGAGUUACAACAAGUGGUAUCUUGUCUCCAACAAGUUCCACAAGAAAAGACUUCCAUGCAACAAGGAGCAAUUAUGGAAACUGGAGUUUCGUUGUUCUUGAGGGCAGUGCUUGGACUUUCUUGAGGAGAUUGAUCCAGAGCAGAGUUUCUUUUCCGAAUGCUCUAAGCUUGUACAUCGAUGAUGCAUUGCCUAUGGUUCACUGUGAUUGGCACCCACCUUUUAGAGGAUUUGUUUACUGUUUAUGCUGCUAAUAGCUUGGACAGCUACUUCAAGAAAAGAAAAAGAAUUUGGAGCAUUUUAACUAAGACAGGUCCAGAAAAUACAAUUACUCAGAAAUACUCAUCAUUACUGGCUGUCAUACAAGCUAAUAGCAAACUGUUCAAACCGAGUUUUGACAUAUGUCACUGCAAGAUGGCCAUGUUAUUCAGAUGCCAUGUGUGUUACUCAGCAACAAGCAAAGGAUCCUUGUGCAGUGGAUCUUGCUAUCCAUAGCUAAAGCAAGCCAGCUCCAACACUCCAAGUUGACCAUGCAGGUAACAUGCGUUGGGCACUACAUAACACGUAUGCAACUAAAAUAAAAAUAUUUUUAACACGCAAUUAUGUCAAGAUCCACCAAUAGAGCAAACCAUGCGGUUGAUUCUUGUCGACAAUUAAUGGAACAUGACAAUGUGAUAUCUCAUUGGAAGAAUAGCUGCUGCACUAAAAAAAUUGAACUACACAUGGGCAAAGAUACCAAAUGUUGCACCAGAUCUCACAAACUUGGUAUACAAAACUGUGGAGAUGAGUUGGCAUGAUUCCUUGUGUCUACCAUUCGAAUGGUGCUGUAUCAUACAGUUCCUCGGUAUAAAUAGGCCCCAGAAGAAGGCUAAACACAUCAAACCGAAAGGUGCUCUCUCAUUCUCAUAUCUUGAAACCUCAAGUACUCAACACAGAGGAAAGAGUCUUAGCAACAGAUAUGGCUUGCCAUCUUAGAUCAGUUAGUUUGCCUUCUAGGCCUCACACCAAGGUUGAAGAGGAGCUGCACAGCCUAGAGGCAAGCAUCUCUUCACCCUCCAUCACCAUGGAGACAAUCUCUGAUGGUUUGAGGAGGCUUGGAGACAUCUACAGCACCAUUGAAGAGAUCAUGUGCCUUCCUAGCAACCAAAUUUGCUCUUCCCAGCAAAGGAAGAUGUUGGAAGGUGAAACCGAGUGCUCCCUUGAGCUGCUAGAUCUCUGCAAUGCCAUGCAUGAGGACUUCACCGAAUUGAAGGCCAUUAUCCAAGAUCUGCAAGUGGCAACCAGAAAAGGAGAUGACACCGUUGUUCAAGUCAAGGUCCAGUCUUACACCCGCCUAAUGAAGAAGGCGAAGAAACAUUUCAAGAAGGCAGCGAAGAAGGUUACAUCCGACAAAGAGGACUGCAGGAUGGUCAGGCUGUUGAGAGAGGCUAGGGAGAUCACCACCUCUCUCCUCGAGUCAACAGUACACCUCUUGUCCAAGCAAAUCGCAGUGCCAAAAUGGUCUCUCGUCUCCAAGGCAUUCCAGAAGAAGAACUCAGUUGUUUGCAAGGAGGAGCAGUUGCAGGUCCUAGAGUGCAGUGUUGGAGAUCUUGAGGCUGGAGCAGGAAUUCUGUUCCGGAGAUUGGUCCAGAGCAGAGUUACUCUCCUAAACAUUCUUAGCUCAUAGAUACUCUUCAACAACUGCUACUCUAGCACCGUGCGAUUGGCUUCCACCUUUUAAAGGAUUGCUGAUCUUUUCCAGCGGGUGUAUAUAUGUAGAAAUGUACAGAAUACUCCAUACAGAAAGGAAACAAAAGUUUUGAUCGAACUCA